AUGGUGGGGAGGAUGGUGUCCUCUUCUCGAAGUCCAUCGUGGAAACAUUUUGUUUAUAAUACACUCAUCAUAGUGGGACACAGAGAGAGGAAGCUGGGCGAAUGGGCUCACAUGUCGUCCUCACCACACUUGACUGUCAUUUGCACACGUUCUGUGCUGAUAUACAUUAUUCCUGGAGACAUUCUGGUUGUUCCAAAUAUGGAAUUGUGCAUCAAAGUUUAG